UCCCUUCUCUAUUUAUCCCCUCUUCCUUUCUUCUCUUUGCCUUUUCCAUAGCUGCAAGAGCCAUUGUUUUCCUCCCGAAGAAACCUUCGAUUUUCGAUGCAGUAAACACUCUUGUUUCCGAGUUUCUUCUGUUGAAUUAUAUCAAACCCUAAAAGAAUGAGCAACAUAAGCUUGGUGGAGGCCAAGUUGCCACCGGGGUUCAGGUUCCACCCUCGAGACGAAGAACUCGUCUGCGAUUACUUGAUGAAGAAGGUAGCUUCGAUCGAUACCUUGCAGCUCAUGAUCGAAGUCGACCUCAACAAGUGCGAGCCAUGGGAUAUUCCCGAAAGGGCAGCAGUGGGAGGGAAGGAGUGGUAUUUUUACAGCAAAAGAGAUAGGAAAUAUGCAACGGGGGUGAGGACAAAUAGGGCAACGUGCAGUGGGUAUUGGAAGGCAACGGGGAAAGAUAGGGCAGUCCUUAGCAAGGGCAAGCUUGCUGGGAUGAGGAAAACGUUGGUGUUCUACAAGGGCAGGGCUCCCAAUGGCACUAAAACUGAUUGGGUUAUGCAUGAAUUCAGGCUUGAAGAUCCCUUUUCACCUCCCAACAUUUCCACUCUCAGGGAAGAUUGGGUCUUAUGUCGAGUGCUCCACAAAACCAGAGAAACAACCACAACCACCAACCCUAGAAGCAUGGGAAUCUGUUCGGACGACACAAGCUCAUCAUCUCUACCACCGUUGAUGGAUCCUUACACAAUCUCCUACCAAAUCCGACCGAGCUCCGACGAGCAAGUGCCCUGCUUCUCCACCAUGUUGUCCACCCAAAAACCAAGCUUCAAUGACAUGCAAGCACUGAGCGUGCAUGCAAAAACCCAAACGUCGUUGUCUUCUUCAUCGAUCGAACAUCAUCAUCAUCAACAACAACAACAACAAAUGAUCCCGACAACCAUUGACAACAACAUUAUUUCUUGUCUAGACUCGUUCCCUAAUGAUAAGACGGUCAUUAAAGAUGCGUUGAGCAAUCUUAGUCAGUUAGACACUUAUCUGAACGUCAAGGGAUCGACGAGUUUCGAUGAAGUUAGUCAUUCAGAUCAGAGCUACUUGUCUGGAAUGUGGGAUUGUCCAACAUUUGGAAUUAAUUGAAUAUUAA